AUGAAGGGAUCAAGCAGCAUGAGCGUCAAGAACAUCACUCAGCAUGCAAGUGGUAAGAAGCACGCAGCCUGUUUGAAGGCCAUUCUGGACGGACCAACUGAGGUGCCCGCAGAGGCUGUGGAGACAUCAUUGGCCGAAGAUGGCGGUGUUGUUUCUACUAUUGCUGCGGACGUUCCCCGGAUGGACCGUUGGAUUGCUGCCCUGGACCUGCUUUGCUCACGUGUUGGCUACCAGCAGCAGCGCGGCAGAGUGCAAUCUUCGGAAGUUGGCACUAAGCUCACUCCUGGCGGCGCAGCAGACGGCAGCAAAACUGUCACUCGCAAGAUGAUCCUUUGCAUGGCGGAGGUCCUCAGCGAAGUUGACAGAGCUCGAAUCGAGCAGUGCAACGCUGUUGGCAUAGCCGUGGACAAAGGCGGUGAUCAUCUGGUUGCCUAUGCGCGCGUCCUUGGAAAGACUGGCGUUUAUGAGAUGCUACUUGGAGUUGUGAAACAAGACUUGUUGAAGGACAACAGCAGGGGUACCCUGGAGGCAUUGGAAUUGCUAUUCAAACAAAUCUGCACCAAACCCGCCCGUUGCAAGCGAAAUGAGAACAACAUGUUCGGCAGUGACGAGGACAGGUUGGACAAUGUGCUUUUCAAGCGGUUGUGUGAAAGUGUUUUCACUGCCAUUGCUGAUGGAGGUCCCAAUGAGCAGAGGUGCCUGUAUGAAGCCUCUCCUUCUGGAUCUGAUUUGCGGCAACAGCCGGACUAUGAGCCUUUACUACCAAAUCUUCGUUUAAUUGUUCGGGACGCGGCCCAUAGAUACAGGUCGAUCGACAAGCUGGUCGUCUCGAAGCUGCCUAGCCUGUUCAAAGAGACGCUGGAAAGUUUGGUCAAUGGAGAAAGAAGCAUCUCACGAUUACUAGAAAAGUCGCCGAAGUUUUCUCAGUUGUUCCUGGAGUGUCAAAAAGACAUGGCUGAGACGGAAGAUGGACCAUCAUUCAGCAGGUUCUUGAAAAGCUUUUCUUUUGCUGAUCACCGCUUCGACAGCCGCAAACGACCGCUGCUGCGGCUAUUUAAUCUUCUGCCUGUGGUGAUACAGUGCCUUCAGAGGGUCACUGAGGCUGGCAGCUCAUUCCAGGACUCUGACGUCAAGUGGUGCCGAGAUUUGUUGGAGCAAUGGGGAGGCGACAAAGGUUACAUUCGCCUUGUGGGCUCAGCGCUCAUUGCUGACGCUCUGGUGAUGAGCUGGCCCUUUCUACGAUUGACGGACAAAAGCGAAGCGGAUUACGCGCUUACUGGGACCCAGGCGGCGGAAUGCUUGUCUUUGCUACGGUCGAUGCUUCUAGACGGAGCUAUUUGGCUGCCUGCAGCCCGUGGUACACUUGUACAUAGCACGUUGCGUGCCAUACAGGAUCGGGUACUUUUCACAGAUCAGGGCACUGAUCGAAGCGCCGUGGUGAUAUUACGAUGGCCGGCUCCGGAAACAGAAGCACGCCUUGAGCCACAGCGGCUGGCGCAGAAGUUCUACGGCGUUUGGGAGGCUUUCUUCAAGUCUCAUUUUCCUGGGUUCGAGGAGUCCAACGGCUUUACAUGCUUUAAUCUGACAGCCGACCUCGCCCUACAUGAGCGUGAGACUUUCCUGAGAAGCGUGUGCAAGACAUUUCAGCUGAAUGGUCAGAAGGCAUGGAGGUCAUUUGUGGGUGGGGGUGCGGGGCAUGGUCUCCUGCAACGCGCGCAGUAUUGGUCAUCGCCAGCGGGUGUGGCGGCUGCGUCUGUUGCUGACAAGGAUCCCGAAAACGAG